AUGAAGCAGUCCCCAGCGCUUUUGCAGCCUACAGACCCCUUACCACCUAAGCCAGUGGUGCAGCUCACUGCUACUCUCCAGCUGCCUAAUGGACUCACCCUGGAAGUCCCCAUUACGAUUGACUCAGGGAGCAACGCAGACUUCGUGGGGGUGCAGUUCGUCAAGCAGCAUCGCAUAGCGCUACUACCAGCCACGCUGCCUCUGAAUGUGGUCACUGUAGAUGGCAGGAAGUUGCUGGGUGGGCAAGUGGUACAACAGACGCCAUCCAUGCUGCUGAAAAUUGGGAAUCAUCGCGAGGUCAUCAGUUUCAAUGUCACCCAACUGUCAGACACGCCCAUAGUGCUAGGCAUGAGUUGGCUGGAUAGACACAGUCCAUCCUUGGCGUGGUACCAGCGGCAGCUCACCUUUGGCUCGUCCUACUGUGCACAACAUUGCAUCCAGAUUGGUGAGGACGAGGAGGGCCGGGAGGAAGGGCAACAGCUGCAUCUAGGCAUGGUGCAGGCAGUGCCCCACAAGUACAAGGGAUUUUUGGAGGUCUUCUGCGAGAAGGAAGCUGACCAAUUACCACCCCACAGGCCCUACGACUGUGCAAUUGACCUCUUACCAGGGGCAACGCUGCCGACUGCGAAGCUGUAUUCCAUGUCUGAAGAUGAGAUGCAGGAGCUCAGGGAGUUCAUAGAUCACAAUUUGAAGCGGGGAUUCAUCCGAGAAUCCAAGGCAGUGGGGGGCAGUCCUGUGUUUUUUGUGAAGAAGAAGGACACAAACAGCUAGGGCCAUACCAAGUUGAGGGCAGGGUCAAUCCCGUAGCUUUUCGGUUGACCCUCCCAGAGGAUUCCCGAAUGCACCCGGUCUUUCAUAG